GCGCAAUUUCACUAGCAACCGUGUAAACAAAUGGCGAACAUGUAGGCUUACUUUUUCAUUAGUUGUAUGCAGAGAUUUACUUAGGAAAAUGACUUUAAAUCCGCUUGCAAAUCCAAAAGGAAUUAAAUUAUUGUGUGAACUUUGUCAGAAACCAGCAUUUAUCCAGUGCACAAAAUGUAGAGUGACUUAUUAUUGUGGUGUUGAACACCAGAAAGCAGACUGGCUUGGUAUACAUGAGAAAAUAUGUCAGAAUCUUAUUCCUCUAAGACAGAGUGCUCCAUUUCUUCCUUCAGAAGAGGAGAGACAAAGCAGGGAAAGACAACUUCAGACUAAAAAGCGCACAAUGAUAGAUCUCACAAGAACAACAGGUCAAAAAUUAUUGUUUGAGGGCAAACAUGAACAAGCUGUCCCUGCUGCUAUGCAGUCAUUGAGGUUUGCCAUAGAUGUUCAUGGUCUAGCGAGCAUAGAACUUGUACCUUCAUACCUCAUCUUAGGUGAAGCAAGUAUUGGGCUUGGUAGAUUAGAACAGGCUGAAGAAUAUUUGGCACAAGCUCAGUGGACUGUCUUGAAAACUCCUCAAUGUUCAAAUGCAAUAAAAUCUAAAUUGUACAGAAAUCUUGGUCUCCUAUAUGCUGCCAAAGGUGACUAUGAAGAUGCUUUGAGGCAACUUGCAAAUGAUAUAUAUCAUGCCUCAGAAGAAUUCGGUACACAUGAUAUUCGAACAUCAGGAGGUUACUAUCACAUGGGAAAUGUAUUCUUCCGACAAGGUAGAAUGGAUGUAGCUGACUCACUCUACAGACAGGUUACAGAUAUAUGGUACACACAUUUAUAUAGUAUUGUUAAAGUGAGAACACGUACCCCACCCACACCUAAAGGUGUCGGACCACUAAUUGUUGAGAUGUUCGAUGAGCAGGAAGAUACUCUUGAUGAGGCUCAAGAAGCUGAGGCUGUUCAGGUAUUGAAUUCGGUGUUUGAUAUGAGAGAACACCAGACCAACAGACAACCAGAAGACAUGGCUCGAGUCAGUCACGCCCUUGCCAUGCUCUACUAUGUACUCGGAGAUAUCAGCAAGGCAAAAGAGUUUGGAAGAAAAGCUGUUGUAGCCAGUGAAGGUCACCCAGAUGAUACUCUUUCUCGCUCCAUCAUUGAAUUCAUGAAAAAUUGUGAGCGUGUACCAGUACAAGCUGUCUGAACAUUCUCACUGCAUUUAUCAGCCAAUCAAAUCACAGCUUAGUAAUUCUAGAAACAAGUCAGCCAAUGAAAUCACAGCUUAUUUAUGUCAAUAAAAUUUCAGCUGAGAUAAAUUGUAUUUCAGCCAACCAAAUUUAAUUAGAAAUAUAGGUCAAAAUGUUGUUAACCUGAAAUUUAUAAGGUUCUCUCCAUUAUAUAUAUUUAUUUAAAACUUGUGUAGCAUUACUCUUCUAUGUUACACUUACUGGUUAUUGACACAUUGAUGCAUUAAUGUUGUUAUGUCUUAAUUUACUUCUAUAAAUGUGUCGAUGUGACGUAAAACCCAAAAACAAACAAACAAAAAACUUCUAUAAAUAUUUGUUGUUUUUUUUUAAGCAGAGAUAGUUUCUUUUCUUUUUGAAAUAAUAUGUAGCACGGAGACAAAAAAAAAAAUAAAGGGUGCUGGAAAAAUAAAACUGCUGACAUUAUAUGUAUGUGACUUGUUUAAAAUAUUUAAUAAUUUAUCUAUGAAAACCUGACUGUGUAGCAAGCCGUCCGAUUGCAGACAUAAAUGUUCCAGUUCCCUGUUUACAAAGUAUACCUGUGAUAAAGCAUCAGUGUUGUAUUAUAACUUUGUUAUUUUAUGCUUGUCUUAUUAUUCAUUGAAAAAAAAAUGCAUAAAAAUGUGAAAAUAUUAAAAAUAUGAAAUAAAAA